AUGGCCAGCAAUAUCAACGCUGAAACUAUUCCACCACAAUCAUUAGUUGAUUGUAGUUAUUUUAUGAACAGAAUAAAAUGCUAUUAUGGUAACGCUUGUCGUUUUCGUCACUGUCAGCAUGCAAUACGACAAACCCAACGAUGUGCGAAGUGGCCUAACUGUAAUAAUGUAAAAUGUCUCUAUCGUCAUCCUUCAAUUGUACCCAAAGGAUGGAAACCAGUGCCACUUCCUUCGGCGAAUGUUUUUACACCAUCCAUUUUAUACUCACAGCUCCGAGAACAUAAACGUGACAAUAAGCAGAAGUCAUCUGAGAAUGUUGUUGGCAUAUUUUGGGACUUAGAAAAUGUCCAAAUACCUCGAACACAAAAACCAUUCGAUAUUGUCCAGCGCAUCCGAGAGAUGCUAGUCAUUAAGGCAAACUUGCAGGAAAUUGGAUUCACAUGUUAUUGCGAUGUCUCUACUAUUUCACAAAUCAAUCAAAUUAGCCUCAUACACGCUAAUGUGCGCAUUGCACACGUGCCCAAUGGAAAGCCAGGCAGUGUCGAUCGUCAGAUUCUGCUCGAUUUAGAUCGUUUUGAGAGAGCUCAUGAUCCCCCAGCAACAAUUAUACUCAUUACCGGUGAUAUCGAUUUUGUCGGCAAAUUAUCAGAUUUACGUCACCAGGCUCAUUUUCAUGUAAUAGUAGUGCAUAACAAAUCGGCGAAAGAGGAGUUGAAAGCGAUCGUCAAUGCAUACUAUAGCUGGGAUUUGUUCACCGCUCCGGAUAAAGUUCUGUACCUUAAUGACACUUUGGAUACCCCAGCACUCUCUCCUGGCGCUCCAGCGAGUAGUAAAAUGGAUAAUUUCAUCGAUUCAAAAAAUCUAAAUUUUGAAACUCCGAUACCUGUAAUCAAUGCAUCUCAUGAAGCAAAUUAUUCAUUUGAAUGCUCAGUAUGCACCAGAGUGUUUAUUAAUUACGAUGCUCUCCGCCAACAUCAAAAAGCUAAACGGCACUUAUUUAACUGUUAG